CUUGGCCUCGGUUUCCUUGGCAAAGAACCGACAUAACAAAAUGGCGUCCAAUGUUGUGUUGUGAUCUGCGUUGAAAUGUUUGUUACUUGAAAAAAGAGUUUACUGGAGAAGUGGUAGCUGAGAUAUUUUAGCAAUUUGAGAUGGAGGUUAAAAAAAUUUCGCUCUUUCAAUAAAUAAGAAAGUAAAAAGUGUUGGCUUGCUCAAUUAAUCCUUGGCAACCCGUGUGAAAAGGUGGGGGGAGAAACAACUUCUGGCAUCAAGAAGCUUUGCAAACUGCAUUUAAGACUGUUAAAGAUUUGUUAAGACACCAUGGAGGAAGUUGAAGACUACAGCAAUCCUUUGAUAAAAGGUGUACAACAGGAUGGUGAUGAGAACUACGCUGAAGACGAUGUGGAAAAUGAAAUGGCCCCUGUGAGCCCCCAAGUUGACAUAACAUUAAAUCCACCAGAAGAUAUUGACAACGACAGUGAGCCAUCAGACAUAUAUGACCAAAGCUACUUAAGUGAUGAGGAAACAAGUUCUUUAGCAGGGAGUUUUGACGAGUAUGGAAUAAGUGAAAAAGACGAGGAUAGCUACCCAUCUGAUCCACAAAUGGGUAACCUGAAAAGAGAGGAAAAGCUGAGAAGGAAUGCUGUGAGGAGGCACCUAGACCAGCUGGGUGAACUUGUUGUAGAGCGAGAAUAUAUUGUUGAAAGGACAAGAGAGCAGCUUCUCAGAUGCCGUGAAAAUAUAGAACAACUGGAAAAAUGCUUAGAGGAGGUUCAAGAGCAAACAGAAGAGGAAGAUAGCAAAGGAAAUAAGGCUGCCUACUUUCGGUUGAAGUCACAAUACGAUAAGUUAUGUACUGAGCUCCAAAUCGAAAAAGACCUUGAACAAAACAUAGCGAAAACUCUAGAAGAUGCCGAGUUUGCCCUUUGCCAGGCCUAUAUUGAGCACGGCAAGUUCCUGCCUCUGGAAGAAGAAUUUGCCACCGAUGAGAGAGCCAUUGAGAAACAGAAAGCUGAGAAAACCGCAGCUAGGAUUAAGAAGGAACACGCAGCGGUGUUGAAUGCAGAAAGGAAGCGUCGCACCAGGGAGAGGGAGAAUCUUGCCAACAUGAGAGAGAGAGAAAGGAAACACAGACAAGCUUUGAUUGCAGCAAAAAAGAAUCGCGAGCUUGCAAUGAAGUACUUGAAGGAGACAAUGUCCAGAGUUCGACAGAGGGAAAGUGAGGAGGAGGAGAAGAACCGCAUCGAUUUACAGCAAAGAAUGCACGCUUUAUUGAGUCUGAAAAACAACAUUGAAGGAAACAGGGAAAAUCUACACGCUCUUCAGGCGCGAAGGUCAUAUGCGCAACAUCAGGAGACAUUGAAUGAGGAGCAGGAGAGAGGUGAAAUCAUUGCCGAAGGCCUGAAUCCAGAUGAAGUUUUGACACGGAGGAAAAGACUGCGGCAAUUUGAACGAGACAAAGAGGCUUUUGAGAGAAAACAGAGAGAACGCGAGAUUGAAAUAGCAAACAAGAUUUUGUCUGAGGAAAAGCAGGUGAAACGAAAGCAGCAGCAACAACCUCAGCUUUAUCCAGAUCGACAAAGAGAUCGCGUCAAGCGCGUUACUAAAAGAAAGCCGAAACAGAAGUUCUCCCGCUCAAGCGGCUCUGAGUCCAUGGAAUACAGUGCGGAUGUCGAGGACACAGGGGGAAGGGUUUCCUCUUGUAACCGCCUUGGUAGCCGAUUAGCAAAAGUGUCUUCCGAUGACGACGACUUUUCGCCAUACGGAGCAACUAGCAGAGAUGAGGCGAAGACUGGGGAAUCAGAGGAGGAGGUAACAAUAGUUCCUGAGUUUAAAGGGCUGUGGGAAACCGACCAGGGAGAGAUGAAAGAUGAAAGUGUUAAAAAUUGGCGUGGGGAGAACCAAGAAUAUUCGACAUACGAGCAACAAAUGAUUUUAGAUGCACUUGAGAAACAGCGAGAGAACAUUGUGCAAAAGCAGGUUGCAGCGGGCAAAGAAUUCAAGGGUGCUGCCUUUUACAGUAAGCCAGAUGUCGUGGUAUUCAAGGACUUUGAUCUUGGGCAAGUUUACAAGAAGAAGGUCUUGUUGACGAAUGUCUCCUAUUCUCAAAAUUUCUGUAAACUUAUCGGCGUCUCCGAGAAUUUGAAGGACUUUCUUGACAUCAAAUUUGACCCACCUGGCCCAAUGUCUGCUGGCCUGACAUGCGAAUUCAUUGCUGUUCUCAAGCCAAUGCUCAACAAGGAUAUUGAUGGCCAUGUACUGUUUCUAGCCCAAACUGGACAGUUCUCUGUGCCAGUCAAGUGCUUGAAGAAGCGAUGCGAGCUCAGCGUUGAUGUAAACAAAAUCAACUUUGAAAGUCAAGUAGUUGGGGAAACACGCAAGAAGACAAUAACACUCGUUAACAAUGGAGCAUUGUCCACCGAAUACCAGUUCAUAAAGAUUAAAGGAAGCGUCGACGAGGGUGAUACAGAGCAGAAGGAGGAAGGACUCAUUAUAGAUAAAAGCGAAAACAGGGUCAACGAAAAUAGGGCUGGGGCUGACACCGAAACAGAAAAGGAUGCUGCGGCAGAUGGCGAGGAUAAUAAUCAGGAAGAACCUAUGUCGAUUGGAUCGCUCAAUAGUGGCACAAUAAAUCCAUUCUCCAAUGUCAAGCUGGAAAUUAAAUUUUCUCCUAUGUUCCCUGGUGUGUUUGCGUCGCUUUUCAAAAUAACGUUCUCGGAUGAAGAGACAGAUGAGAUUACAGUAGAAGCAGUUGGCAAUGGCAUUGACGUUCCUGUUUGGGUGGAAAGAGAUGUUGUCGACAUGAAGAUUUGCAUGUUUGAUCGUCUCUAUCAAGAUGCUAUCAUUGUUCACAAUAGAGCAACUUCGGCACUUCGCUUAACUUUCCAGCUUCCCAAAGAACUGCGUGACUGCGUUGACAUAUUGCCAAAAACAGCAUACAUCCAGGCCGAGUCCGAAUUUUCUGCCCAGCUGAAAUUCCUCCCUCGCUUCUCGCUGCUUAGCAACGAUAAUCGCUAUGUAAACCUCGAUAGUGGAUAUCUCGAAGCGCCUAUCCUCAUUCGAGUAGCAGACCAGACUCGACCUGUUCCGUUCACUAUUAAGGCAACAAUUACGUCUUCAGACCUUCAAUUCGACACCACCCAUAUCGAUUUUGGAUAUUGCACUGUGUACGAGGCAGUAAGCAGGACUAUCGUGUUAAGAAAUAAAUCGGUCCUGUCCCAAGCUUAUGGCUUUGUCAAUGUUCCUGAGACGAUUGAUGUUCAACCCAAUGACGGCUUUGGUACGCUCCUUCCAGAAGAAUCGCUUAAAAUUGACAUUAUUUUUAGCCCUAGAAAAGCAAAGGAUCACAAAUUUGAAAUAACCUGCAAAUCAGGCAUUGGCAGAGAAUUCAAAUUGUCUUGCACUGCUGUGGGCGUUUUGCCGCCAUUGGAAUUAUCUGAAUCUCUGGUGAAAUUCAAAGCCACUGCCAUAAACGAUAGCUCGGCAGCAAGAAUAUUUGUUAAGAAUACCCACCUGAGUUCCAAUGAAUUCACCCAUGCUGUUCCAAGGAUAGGAAGCGAGCCCGUGUUCCCGGUCGGGCCUACAUCAUUUGAAUUCAUGUUACCGGGAAAUGCUCCCAUUUCGAUCUCACCAACUGUUGGUACAGUCAGGCCAGGAGAUAAACUUAUGAUACUUGUGACAUUCAGUCCAAAACUGGAGGAAAAUGCCAUAAAGCAAGAAGCUGUGUCCAUUCUGGAGAGAAAUGGAGACCAAGAGGUGAAGCCGACAGAAUGUAUGGUAGCUCAAGAUACAAAAGAUUCUUUAAAAGCAAAAUCUAAAGGAAAGAAGGGAGAGCUAAAGUCUGCAAAGAGAUCAAACUCUCCAGGGCACAGAGUUGGUUCAUCUUCUCCAAGAGCCAAAUCAGCAACCAAAAUCAUAACAGUUGAUGACGUCAUAACUGGGUCGGACGACUAUGAAUCUGGGCAGCUUUCGUUGUUAAAAUCGUACAAAGACACUUUUGAAUCUUACAAAAUACCAUGUUUCAUCAAGUAUGGUGAAGCAGGCAGCGCUAUUGCUUCUGAAGUCAGCAAUUACUACACGGUGUUUUUGGAGCUGCACUGUCCAUGUGUCAAGCCUUCGGUAAUCAUCAUUUCUGACAAAGGAAGAUCGCUAACAGACUUUGGCAAUGUUGCCGUCGGUCAGAGAGUUUCAAAAAUAGUUUCCUUACAGAACAUUUCAGAAGAGGAAAUUACCUUAUCAGCUUCUGCACUAGAUCCGAUUGGUCCUUUUGAAGUCGUUAAUGCAUUGCGAAGCUUACAGCCGGGUGCCAUUCAUAACAUGAAACUUGCCUUCAGCCCUCAAUCUUCAGAAGAGUUUUACGAAGUCUUCCACGUUGGAUGUUCGAAGUCCUCUGUUGCAGUCAAAUUAAGUGGGAAGGGAGUCAAUCCUUCGAUUGCAUUGUCAGCUUCCAAUGGCGUUUUGGAUGUUGGCGAUGCCUUGGUUGGAGACAGUGUAUUUACAGUUUUAAAGCUUCAAAAUACAUCCGAGUUGUCUUUGAAAACUGAACUGAAGCUUGGCAGUUUGUUGCCGACUAAACAUGGUCGAUGUCAGCGCAUCAUGAAUGAUGUUGAGACCAUUGAAGAGAUCCCAUUGGAUGAUGGCUUUGUCAUAGGAAACUGCAAUUGGAAUGGCGUUUGUCCGUUUGAUUGUCAACCAUCAAAUUGUGUUAUCAAACCAGGUGAAGCUCAAGAAUUCACAAUUACUUUCGCUCCGGAUCAUGAAGGGGAAGGCUUUUCUGAUGAACUCUGCAUCAGCCUAAACGGCGAAGACGAGAGCCAUCGGGUGAGACUGCUAGCUAGAGCAUGGCCGCAUCUCACCUACCUAAGAGGGUGGGACCGCUUGAAGCCGCUCAAGGAAAGCUGCAUCGCAUCAUUUGAAACAGAAGAAAUCGAGGCACAAGACUUGAAAUCAGUUCAGAAAACUGUACUGCUUACGUUCAAAUGUCAAUUGGUUGAUGACAAUUUCACUGAAAGUGUACGAAAUGUCCAAAUUGGCUGCAUUAAGGCGAAUUCACAGAUUAAGAAGUCAUGUGACUUCUCCUUCGACAAUAUCAAAGAAGCAAACGAUUUUGGCUUCACCUUUGAUCCAAUGAAGGGUGGAGUUGACAUUGGCGUCAAGAAGUCAAUAGCUUUUCGGUGGAAACCGCCGAGUGAUCACGAUCCAAGCAUCCCUAUUCACACUUCAGUUACGCUUAUUGCCAAAGGAGAUGUUUCCUUGAUGUACAAAGUUUUGCUUCGCGGAUAUGUUGUGACGCAUGCAUGACCUCUCGCUCAGAUUUUACAGUUGUACAGUGGACUAUUAUUUGCCAAAUAUUACUUGUAUAUUUAACAAAGAAGACUAAUUCGUUGGAAAUCGUCGUUUUUCAUCACUACCGUUAUAUUCUAUUGGAAAAGAUCUCAGUUGAACUCUGUCU